AUGGUGAACAGGUCCACAACUGAGGUCUCCGACUUGACCGAAAACGGAAUUCAUACAAAUGAAUCCGAAAAGAAUUAUAGGAGGAUAAGAGCAUGCAUCGCAUGCCGGAACAUGAAGAUCAAAUGCGUCUCCGUCCCGGGUUCUAAAGAUUGCGAAGGUUGUUUGAGAUUCUCCCGGCCUUGUCAGGAUCCUGGGCCCCCGAAAGCCCGCGUGAAGACCUCCCAGAAAUUUUCCGAGCUAGAGAAGAGAAUCGACGCCCUUACCAUUGCAUUGGAUGCUGAAAGAAGGCUAAACCAGCAAUCCCUUAAACAGGUAAGGACAGAAGCACUAUGGUCUAAGACACCAGAUACCGAUGCCAAUGAUGCAUGGUCGUCUGCUGGGCGACAAGAUCAGAUUCAGAGAACCGCCUCCAACAAUGAUGGAAUCAGCGCUACUCUAAGCGACGAUAUCAUCGAUACAGGCUUGAUAGAUAUGGAUACUGCUUCUCAGUUAUACGACCACUGGCAUAUCUACAUGCGUCCGUUAAUGCCUGUGGUCCAAUUUUCGGCUGAGGAUGACGCACACACCAUCAGAGUGAAGAAGCCCACGUUAUUCUUAACUAUUAUGACGAUAGCUAGCACUUUGAUAAGGCCUUCCCUUGUGCCUCAUCUCCUGACACGGCUGAAUAACAUCUUGGCUCAAGAAGUGUUUAUUAAAGGCACAAAAUCUCUCGACUUGUUACAGUCUCUCACCCUCUUUUCACAAUAUUACAUACAGCCACCAAACAUCAAAACUUUUGCACUCCCACAGCAUAUGUACAGCGCGGUAACCAUGUCUCACGAUCUUGGCUUGAAUACAGUCUCCAAACCAAACGGGGGCAAGGAUAAAGAGAUUUCUAGGACUUUAUUGGCCAUCUACUUUGGUUCAUCGUGUACUGCAACACUUUUGCGUCGACAUCAACCCCUCGUUUUCACCUCUUCACAUAGAGCUUAUAUAGAAGCUCUCACACGAGAUGAUGAUAGGCGGGAUGGUGAUCAAUGGCUAUGUAGCUUGGUGGCUCUUCAAGAGAUAUUCGACGACGCCUCGAAGACGUUACAUGCCUCACAUAGCAGUACGAAUGAACCAUUCGAUGACUUUGGAACGCAACAUUUGCUUGGGAUAUUUCAACAGAGGUUAGCAGACUGGAAGUUAUCCCCAUCAGGGGACAUCGACCCACGGUUGAAAAACCACGCAGCAUCGAUAACGGAUCUCUACAUUCAUCAGGUGGCUAUCCGAGCCUACGUUCACCAAAUGCAUGCUUGGGUCAAGAGCAAAGAGACGAAUUGCUCAAGCCAGCCACUGCCGCCACCGUUCUUUACAGCGACCCAUACAAAGGCACUGUGCCACUGUCUCAAGGUCGGCGCUGACGUUAUAAAUAUUUAUCUAUCGCUAGAUGAUGCAACUACCUGCUCUCUUCCCAAUAUCUUCCUCGUCUGGAAUUUGUGUGCUGCGAUUUGCCUUAUCAAGCUAGGCCACUUCUCCGAGGGGCUGCCUCAGAUGAGCGACAGCGUUGAUAACGGGCUGCCUUCUCCGUCAGGACUCCUUGAGGCGAUGAUCCAAAGACUCACGAAACUUUCUCAGCAUGGAUACUUCCCCCAAUCACGACCAUUUAUUGUCGCAAUCGAGAAGCUCACAAGAUGGUUUCAGCAGAAGAAGAUCGUAUGCUUGAACAAUAAUGGGAGUUGUAGUGAGGCGGGUAGCGGACCUGUUCAUGGCGUCCUAGGAACGCAAACGCCCCCGGCUUCUCCACCCCUUCAAGCUCGAGUUGGUGAUCAAAACCACCUAGAAAGUCUUUUCGAGCUUGAGUCUAAAUGGAGUUCAAUUACACUAGCUGGAACUCAGUACAUUGAUGAACAAAGUAUUGAUUGGAAUUCAAAUCUGCAGGAGUUAGACCAUCUCAAGGAUACAUCGACUAAUAGCACAACCGCUACGGACGCUUUUGGCACUGCUGAGUACCCCAGUUACUUCAAUAUCGAUUUUGGUAAUCUUGGGUUUGGUUUCGAUGAUAUGACAGAUAUCGAUAAUUUCAUAUAG